AUGGAGGUAGAAGGUCAUCCAGGCCUAAUCAAAACCAUUAAUGAUGAUGAAGAAGUAGAAGAUUUCUCAGAGGAAUCUGAUGUGGAAGAAGACUACCAGCCAACCAAACAAAAAGUUAAAAGACAAGCAGAUUUUGAUCCAUCAUUUAAAUUUGUUGGUUCCGUUGAUGAGUAUAACAAGAGUCCAUGGGACGAUCUGCAUAAGUAUAUUAAAAGAAAUGUUAAACAAACAUUAGACCAGAAGAUUGAGAAAAGACGAGCCGAAGCAAAGGUCAAAGGCAAUAUUGAUGAUAGUGAAUCGGAAGAAGAGAAAGAUGCGGGCUUGGAUGAAUUUGAAAUAUCUGAUGAUGAACUUAAGAAAGAUGAAAUUAAAACAAAACCAAAGAAACUGACGAAAAAACAGAAGUUAGAAGAGGAACUAAAGAAAGAUGAAGGUGAAGGUGCUCGUAUUGAGUAUGAUUCUGACUUCUUCGAAGAACCACCUCCAUAUGAUGAACAGGCCACCUUCUAUAUGAUGAAUCUGUCUCGGCCGAUGCUUAAAGCAAUUGCAUCUAUGAAUUAUGUUCACCCUACACCCAUUCAAGCUGCAACCAUACCAAUUGCUUUGUUAGGUAAAGAUAUCUGUGCGUGUGCAGCCACUGGUACAGGUAAGACCGCUGCAUACAUGGUGCCAGUUUUGGAGCGACUUUUAUACAAACCUACUGAAAGACGCACGCGAGUAUUAGUGCUUGUACCUACCAGGGAACUUGGAGCUCAGGUACAUACAGUUACCCGUCAACUAGCUCAGUUCACACAAGUUACCAUCGGUCUGUCUGUUGGAGGUUUAGAUGUGAAAUAUCAGGAAAGCGUUCUUCGUCGUCACCCGGACGUGGUGAUAGCGACUCCUGGCCGGCUCAUUGAUCAUAUACGGAACACUCCCUCAUUUGAUCUCAACUCCAUAGAAGUACUCAUAUUGGAUGAAGCUGACAGGAUGUUGGACGAGUAUUUCGCUGAGCAGAUGAAGGAAAUCAUUCGUCAAUGUUCUCCCAAACGCCAGACCAUGUUGUUCUCAGCCACUAUGAGUGACCAGGUCAGAGACUUGGCCGCAGUCUCGCUCAGGAAACCAGUCAAGCUGUUCUUGGACUCCAACAAAGAUGUCGCGUUCAAUUUAAGACAGGAGUUUGUUCGUAUUCGUAAAGAGCGCGAGUGCGACCGGGAGGCGAUCCUAGCGGCGCUAGUGUGUCGUACAUUCAAGGACAGGGCCGUCAUCUUCGUACAGACUAAGAAGCAGGCUCACAGACUACACGUGGCGCUGGGACUUUUGGGAAUAAAGGUAGCUGAACUCCACGGAGCAUUAAACCAGCCCCAACGUUUGGAUUCCCUGAAGCGGUUCAGGGAGGAACAAGUGGAUGUACUGGUGGCGACAGAUGUAGCAGCCCGAGGAUUGGACAUACCUGGCGUGAAGACUGUGUUGAAUUUCACACUACCAGCUACCAUAGAACAUUAUAUACACAGGGUCGGUCGUACCGCUCGUGCUGGUCGUGCGGGUGUAUCAGUUUCUUUAGCCGGUGAAGGCGAGCGAAACCUGGUGAAGACAAUAGUACGUCGCGCACGACGUGCUGUGAAAUCACGCGUCCUACCCGCUGAUAUAGUAGCCAAGUAUAGAGACAAACUGGCGAAACUGGAGCCUGAGAUUGCUGCAAUUCUGGAUGAGGAAUACGCUGAUAAACAGCUGAAGAAAAUGGAGAAACAGACUAAUAAACUAGAAAGCGCUAUCAAGAAUGAAAAAACUGACACUCCUUUAGAAGCGCCGAGACAACACGACUGGUUCCAGACACCGAAGGAAAAGAGGGAGGAAAAAGAAAGACUCGCACUGACCAAACAUGUGGGGAAAGCCGAGAAAUCACAGAAAGGUAAAGGAAAGAAACGAAAACAUGAUGACGACGACUCUGAUGACGGAGAGAAGAAAAAGAAGAAGAAACAAACGAAACACGUGAAGGAUUCAGCAGAAGAGAGAGUUAGGAAGGAAAUGGAGAAGGUGGCGCUCCUGCAAUCUAGAAUGGCGAAACGUCAGAAGAAACAGAAAAGAAUACGCGCGGUAGAAGACGAUGACGAAAGACCAAUUCACAAACAGAAGCAAGGCAAGAGGAAGAAGCAGACGAACUUUGCGAACGACCUCACUGACGUCUCCAAUGCUUCCACCAAGAAACUGAGAUACGACGCGAACAGGGUGCAGAAGGGAAAACCACUGCAGAAUGGAAAGUUCCAGAAGGGUAAACCGGCUAAGGGUAAAAAGGGUAAGACGUUCGGAAAACCGCAGGCACCGAAGAACACGAAAAAGAAAAAUAAAUAA